GGUGUGGUUCUGGGGAGAGGAAGAGAACCAGCGGGACCAAGCACCAGAUUCGUCUCUGGUGAUGGUGCUGUGAUACCGGCAGCAACAAUAACAACUAAUUACGGAACCAUCCGCCCAGCAUGACCGUCGAGGAGGCCGCGGCCGCGGGGGAGGACCAGGAGAUCAUAUCCUGGUUCGAAGGGGUGGCCGAAAAUGCCGGGCUGGUCCAGACGCAGACGCUCCGCCGCAUCAUCGAGCUCAACCACCGCACCGAGUACCUCCAGAAGUGGCUCGGCCGCGACCUUCAGGUUCAGGACCUGGACCCCGCGGCGCUGGAGUCCCUCUUCAUCUCCUCCGUCCCUCUCGCCUGCCACGCCGACCACGAGCCCUACAUCCAGAGGAUCGCCGACGGGGAUAUCUCUCCCCUCCUCACCCAGGAGCCCAUCAGCACGCUCUCCCUCAGUUCAGGAACCACGGAUGGAAGGCCCAAGUAUGUGCCCUUCACGCGCUUCAGCUCUCAGUCGACUCUUCAAAUCUUUAGGUUGGGAGCUGCCUACAGAUCAAGAGUGUUUCCAAUAAGGGCUGGCGGAAGGAUUCUUGAGUUCAUCUACAGCAGCAAGCAGUUCCAGACCAAGGGAGGCCUCACGGCUGGCACAGCCACCACCCACUACUUCGCAAGCGAGGAGUUCAAGACCAAGCAGAAGAGAACCAAGUGCUUCACCUGCAGUCCCUACGAGGUGAUCGCUGGGGGAGACUACAAGCAGUCCACCUACUGCCACCUCCUCCUCGGCCUCGCCUUCAGUGACCAGGUCGAGUUCGUCACGUCCACCUUCGCCUACAGCAUCGUCCAGGCCUUCGCGGCCUUUGAGGAGCUGUGGGAGGAGCUCUGCGACGACCUGAGGGGAGGGACCCUCAGCCUCAGGGUCACCUCGCCGGGGAUGAGGAGGGCCGUGAUGGACUGCCUCUCCCCCAACCCUUCUCUGGCUUCCAACGUGGAGAUGAAGUGCAGAGAGCUCGAGGGCUCGGACUGGGGCAGCCUCAUACCUAAGCUGUGGCCCAACGCCAAGUACAUCUACUCCAUUAUGACCGGGUCGAUGCAACCUUACCUGAAGAAGUUGAGGCACUAUGCCGGGUACCUGGCAUUGGUUUGUGCCGAUUAUGGAUCCACUGAGAGUUGGAUUGGGGUAAAUUUGGAACCGCAUGAUACCCCGGAGAGAGUUACUUUCACGGUGAUUCCCACCUUCUCUUAUUUUGAGUUCAUCCCUCUCUACACGCGGAACAAGAAAGACAACAGCAAUUUGGUGGUAACUGAUGACUUUCUGGAGGGUGACCCAUUGCCGCUUUCCCGAGUCAAGGUUGGGCAGCAGUAUGAGAUUGUCCUCACCACUUUCACAGAUUCACACAGUCCUUCAACAUGGAACUCCCUGACUUCAAAGAGACCCCCUUUCAGGCCUCUACAGAUACAGGCUUGGAGACGUGGUGGAGGUGGCGGGAUUUUACAAAGGAGCCCCAAAAUUAACCUUUAUUUGCAGGCGGAAGCUAAUACUGACCGUGAAUAUCGACAAGAGCACAGAAAGGGACCUCCAGAUAGUGGUAGAGAAAGGGUCCAGGCUCCUGAGCCAGACCAGGGCCGAGGUGGUCGACUUCACCAGCCAUGCAGACCUUGCAGCGCAUCCAGGCCGCUACGUGAUCUACUGGGAAGUCAAGGGCGAGGCCGCGGACGGCGUCCUCGACGCGUGCUGCCGGGAAAUGGAUGCGUCCUUCGCGGACCAUGGCUACGUGGUCUCGAGAAAGACCGGUUCCAUCGGGCCCUUGGAGCUCCGGAUCGUGGAGACUGGCACGUUUGGGAAAAUACUGGAGUAUUACAUUGGCAACGGUGCCGCCAUGAGCCAGUUCAAGACACCCAGGUGCACCACCAACGAGGUGCUGCUGAGGAUCCUGGACCGGUGCACGGUCAAGCGCUUCAGAAGCACGGCCUAUGGGUGAAUCAUGAGGUGGUCCUUUCUCUAUUCUAUUUACCUGUGAGGUUGUAGCAUUUGGACCAUAAAUAGGAUGCUUCAGUUGCUAGAAUCAUGCUACUGGCCUAGCUAACCUGACCCAGCUGAGGCUAGGUGUGGCGGGUCGCCAUGCACUCGUAAACGCCAGGUGGACUCACGCUAGAGAAGCAUGGGUAGCUUGUUCCAGUGAUUUAUGAAGUGCUACGAAGUCACUGGCAUUUUACUGUCUUUUGUAAACUUUUUAAAUCAUGAAAUUUGUGUGUUUGGCUUCCACGAA